CAGGCUAGUUUGGUUAAGCUAGAUUAGUUUGUUUAGGUUAGGUUAAGUUAGUUUCGUUUGGCGAUGGUGCGUGACAGCCAGCUGGCGGCCAGUCCUCUCGGGGGGAACAUUGUGUGGCCCCUGAACCCACCAUGCAGCCUGACAAACACAAGGAAGGCACUGAGGCUGACCAGAGCAAGGGAGAGGACAUGUCUUCACCAAGUCCCCCAGCCUCUUCUGCUUCAUCCUCUUCCUCCUCCACCACCACCUCCUCUUCCUCCUCCUCCUCUGUCACCACCGUCACCACUACCACUACCACAACCACCACUUCCUCUCCUUCUUCCACCUCAUCCUCCUCCUCCUCAUCCUCCUCCUCCACUACGACCAGUAGCACCAGAGGAACCCAUGCUGUCAGUGAUGUUAGCAGUACUGGUAGCAGCAGCAGUAACAGCAGUGCUGACAGCAGCAGCGUGAACAGCAGUAACCGUGUGUCACCGGCAAUAGGUGUGAGCUCCAGCAGUGUUGGCACCAGCUUGUCCAGCCCAGGCAUGGGGAAUCCUUUUGCACGGGCCGCUCCUCACGCCUCCUGGGGCUCCACCGAGUCCUGUGAGCAGCGCCCCAUCCUGGCUCCAUCCCGGCUGUCCUCCCAGACUGACUCAGGCUCCAAAGUUACCUCCAGUGGAGUGCUGAGGCCUUCCUCCUUGGGGGCAUCGGGAAGGCUGGGGGGUCCCCUCCGACCUGCUGCAGGCACCUCCUUCUUCCCACCCCCAACCCUCACAGUCACAGGCUCAUCCCCACCCCAGGCUGCCAAAUCUGAAUUUAAGCUGAAACCCUCAGUGCUUGGUUCUCCAAACCCCUUUGCUAAACCUGUGCCUGAAAGCCCAGGGGAGAAACCUGAGGGUGGUAGGGAAGGAAGCAGCAGAACAGUGGGCAGUAACAACCAGCAGGAGGAUGGCACAUCACCAGUCAGUGGCAGUCAGUGCCAGGCGCCAUCAUCAACACCUGCUGCCACCACCACACCCUCCAAGGAUGUGGCUCAAGGAACAAGGACACCCACACAAACCCAGGACACCAAGAGCACAAGUAGAAGCCAAGCCAACAGUAACAGUAGCAACAGCAGCACGCCAGGAAACAAUAGCAUCACCACCACCUCCACCAUCGGCGCCAGGAGCCUGUUCUUGCCACUGUCCCGCACCAGCAACAACAGUGACAGUACCUCCAGCCCAACACUUAGUAGCAGUUUCAUCUUUGGCCAGAAUUUGCACUCCAAAGUGGCUAGUGGUGCAGCAACGAACAGCAGCGGUGGCAGCAGUGGUGGUGGUGGUGGUGGUGGUGGUGGCUGGGGUCUGGCCACUGAUGCAGCAGCUCCCACCACCAAUGGGGAGAAGCCCACUGGCAAUCUCUUCUCAGAAGCAGUGUCUGAGGUGUCCAGGUGGUCCGAGGGUGCAGCAGGUGGUGGCGGAGCAGCAGCUGGGGCAAGUCUGACAGCAGCAGGAGCUGCUGCAGGAGCCACCACCAAUGGCCAGCCACAUACUGGUAACCUCUUCUCAGAGGCUGCCUCGGAGAUCUCCAGGCCAGGGGAGGAGCACCAGGCAUGGGGCAGUGGACAAUCAUUGGCCGAGUCAUCGCGUGAACUGACAGAGAAGGAGAAGAGCCAGAAGCGGAAGUUUGAUGAGGUGGAGGUGAUUACCGGCGAGGAGAACGAGUCCAACGUGCUGCAGAUGAAUUGCCGGCUGUAUGCUUGGGUCAGCGGCUGGUGGCAGGAGCGGGGCCGGGGCAUCCUGCGACUCAAUGACUGGGACGCGGGGGACCAGCAGGGCGGGGCAGAGGCUACAGGUGGUAGUAGUGGGAGGAGUAAGGAAAUUCGUUCUCGUCUAGUGUUUCGCACACAGGGCACGCUCACUGUCAUGCUCAACACAAAGGUAUGGGCCGACAUGUCUGUGGAAAGAGUCAGCAGUAAAAAUGUUCGCUUUACGGCACUAGAUGCAGAUGGACAGCCCAAGAUCUUCAUAGCUGCGGGAAGCCCCAAAGAUGCAGAUCUGCUGCACAACUCCCUGGAGUGGCGCGUGGCAGCCUUACGCGCCCACACACAGGAGGAAACUACUGCUGAGAGCACCAAGAAAGCAAAGACAGAUGACAACACAUCCCCAGCUGUGCCCUUGUAGACAUGGUUAUUGACUGACUGAGCUGAUAGGGGCACAGCCUUCCAGGAGCAAGCAACCUGCAGGUCACAGAAGACCAGUGCGUUGUGAUGCUUUACCUCCGGUGCAAUAUUGGUGGCACCCUUGUAAGAACACACGCACACGCACACGCACACACACACACACACACACACACACACACACACACUUCACUCUUGUCAAAUGGAAGUUACAAUUUUUUAUAUAUUAAUUUCCACAUACUUAAGUAUAUUUUAGUGUUGGCUUGGACAAUGUUGACAGUGUCAGGGGAUGGAGGGAAGCCUACACUCAGCCUUACCCCAGCAGUCCCCAGCAAGGGCUGCCCAGAGGCCUCUCCUGGAUGGAAGAAUCAACACAGGACUUGUAUGCUGGAUUACUUGUCAGUUGAUGGGUCUUGGUAUUUUUAUUACAUUUGAUAAUUACGUAUAUAUGUAGUGAAAGAAUGCCUGAAGUACUGUUUCCUGGCCCAUAGCAAAGGAAAUUCAGUACUAUGACUGCAGAUAUCCUCCUUAGACUUAUUUAUACAUGCAUAUUAGUUUGAUGGGAAGUGAAAAGGAUGUACUUUAAGUAAAAUUUCCAACUGACCCUGCCAAACACAAUGCAUGCGGACUGCUGGUCAUAUUCACAUACACACACACACCAAAGUGUUGGAUACUGACUUGGGAGGAAUUCCGGUGUAGUUUUGGCCAAAGUGUUGGAGCUGCAGUGCAGAACUGAACAAGAUGGGUAUGGCUCUUUAUUGAUCUGAAAGUGUAGGGCAGCCACUUGCAUGAGACUGGACCAACUGACACUUUGUUACUGGAAAAUAAUGGACGCAUUGUUUUGGUCAUAUUGACCUUGAAAACAGGACUGCACAUGUGCAAAAAAUAAAGGCAUGUUUUUUACCAAA